CGCUGACAGUCAAAUCCUCAUGUUUAUGCAUUAAGAAAACAAUCCAAUCCAAUGUGUGUUGUUUUCUGUUGGAUAUCGAAUAUUACAUAGAUUUUCCCAUAAAUCCAUUGAAAUGGCAAAGUCAAAAGGUGGUAGAAAGAAGAAAACUGAAUUGGUCUUUGAUCCAAAGAACCGGCGCGAGUUUUUGACCGGAUUUCGAAAACGAAAGCAGGAACGACGACAAAAAGCUAGAGAAGAUUUAGAGAAGCAAGUGAAGGAAGAACGAAAACGUAUAAAACAAGAGAUUCGUGAUGGAUUUCAGGAACAAUUCAAAAAAUCGUUCGAACCCAUUGAGCUGGAAGGAGCUCUAAAAGAAGAAGAAUAUGACACAGAAAAUGUCACUGUACAGAUCGUAGAGUUAUCAACUGAUGAAAUAGCUAAAUCAAAUAAUUGGAUCGGAGCAAAUAGGCCAGUUUAUGAAGGUGAUCCAAGCAGUGAAGGAGAAAGUGAUGACGAUGAGGAAAAUGAGGAAGAAGAAGAAGAAGAAAUACCAGGUUUUACAGUCACAUCAACAAAGCCUUCGAAGAAAUCCACCAAAAGCGAAAAAUCACAAGACAACGAAAAUGAAAAUGGAACAGUUGACGAAACUAAAGCCAAAAAGAAAUUCAAGAAAAUCCCGGAAGAUAUUAAAUCAAAGCGGGCGCUUGGUCAAUUUUUCGCCAAACGUGCAACCAACACAUUAAAACAUUCGAAAGCUUUUCAAAUGAAAAAUAGAUUGGAAAGCAAUAAAAGUAGGAAAAAGGCGCGCGUCGAAAAGGAGAAACGUAUCAAAUUACAAAAUAAACGAGAAAAACACAAAAAGAACUCGACCAAACCUCAAAAGAAAAGUAAAAUUGAGAAAAAGGGCAGAAACCACAAAAAAUAACUAUUAUUUCGAUUCUAUGGUUUUUUACAUAAACACAUUUCAAUAAAUGUUU